AUGUACCUCACAUUCCUUGAGUGGUUGGAAACCUUUCAAAUCGGAAAUUGGUACAAAGAACUUUUGCAGUCUGAGGAGCUAGCACAUGCUGGUUUCUACAGACCUAAUCGCCAACAUGAUGAUGAUGAUGAUGAUACUGUAAAAUGUAUCUAUUGUGAAACUGAACAGAGUGAGUGGCAACUGGGUAAAGAUCCACUAGUGAGACAUUUAUGUCACUCUCCAAAAUGUCCCUUCGUGUGGUCUGCAGCUAUUGAUUUAUGUCAGAUAUUCAUGUUUAAUGAACAGAAGCUGGCACAUAUCAGACUACCUGCAUGGCCUCAGUACUGUUCUCGGAUAGCACGUAAAGAAUCUUUCAAAAAUUGGUCAAAAUAUCUACCAGUACGACCAGAAAAGUUAGUAGAGGCUGGUUUCUUCUAUACUGGCACUGGUGAUUCUACAAUCUGCUUCUAUUGUGGUGGAGGACUACAUGAUUGGGAGGUGGGCGAAGAUCCAUGGCAGCAGCACACAUUCUGGUAUCCUCAUUGCAAGUACUUACGGCUUAAGGACAAAAUAAUACAUGAAAGAAAGUCAUAUGAUGAACAUGAUUAA